UUUGCAAUCUUGCAGCAAAAAAAUCGGGUUUCAAAUAAGUUUCCGACAUCACGAACGACUAGAACUUUCCUGGUGUCCAAGUAGUCCCUUGGUGGCCGUAUAUCGGUUUGGAUAUAUUUUUAAAUUAUUGGAUGGUUGCUGCUGGCAUUGUGGUGGUAUAUGAUUGGGUCUUAACACUCGGACAAGAGAUUGAACUCAUCUGGAGACAACGAUGGUCUCUCAUGACCAUGCUGUAUUUGAUUAUACGCUAUAUUGGAAUACUGUAUUCUGUUGUCAAUCUUCUGCAAACUAUGCGAUCGGUAUCGCUGACAGAUGCAGUAAGUGUUCUACAACCAUCUCAUUCCAAUCCAAUCAAUACGCUCAUAUGUAGGGGCGCUACCAUGUACUACGCAACAGAUGGGACAAUUGUGGCUUUGACUGCCAUGCUGGGCGUGAUCAUGAUCGCUCGGUUGCAUGCCAUGUAUCAGGGAUCUAGAACGAUGCUCAUCUUCCUUGUUAUUAUCUUCCUGGCUGUAAACAUCACCUGCGGAGUGAUCGCGGCAAUAGGACUAAACGAUACUGUAGCAGAGGAGUCGAUACUCUCUGGCACAUAUAUAUGCUAUUUUGUACAUGGAGGGAACGACCAGCUUCUGUAUUCAAUGGUUUGGAUCCUCAACACUGUUUGGGAGGUCCUCGCGCUAUGUCUUUCAGUUUGGGUUGCUGUGAAACACUUCCGUGAGCUGUGACGACUCGGCCCAUCGACAAGAUCGACCAUCGGGGGCUGUUUCAGAGUGCUGAUACAAUCUCAUGUUCUCUAUUUUGCAAGC